GGAGAUUCCGGCGCCCUGCAGCGCCCUCUAGCGAGCCGAAGCGCGAAGGAAAGGGACCGCGCGGCUGCCUGGGCCGCACACCAUUUGCACUGCGAUCCUACAGAAAAGCGGAGCUCGGAGAAAGGUUGGUUCACCAUGAUCAUCCCUGUACGAUGCUUCACUUGUGGUAAAGUUGUAGGGAACAAAUGGGAAGCAUACCUGGGCCUCCUGCAGGCCGAAUACACAGAAGGAGAUGCGUUGGAUGCUCUUGGUCUGAAGCGCUACUGCUGUCGGCGCAUGCUUCUAUCCCACGUGGAUUUGAUUGAGAAGCUGCUGAACUACGCGCCCUUGGAGAAGUAGCGUUAGUAAACCCGAACGAGGCCCAGUGGAAAUGGGCUAUAAACAUUUGCUUCCCUUAGCUUGUGCUCUUACCAGAUGGCUAAGAUCGGCAGUAGAAAGAGUUCAGUUCAGUGAUGCAUAAUAAUAAUAAUAAUGUGCGUGAAA